GUGGUGCUACGAAAGCAAGUCCUGCAAAAACUUUCUCCCGGAGUGUGCGGAAAACAAUACCAGAUAUGCACAUGCGACGGUCCGCGGUUGCAGCUUCUGCGCCAACAGAAAGGCUAUCGGAGGAGUUACAAAUUUAUUGCGCUGAUGCAAUUUGCAGUGUCUUAAAUAAUCUAUGGGCUUGCGCGCGCUACUAUCAUACCCUUCCUUAACGAUACAUCAUGACCGUCACUCGACCCAGAGAAGGCUCCAUUUCUUCGACAAGGGCACUCUUCGGGUCCCAAAAGGCGGAUGUAUCCAUCGACAUUAUCGUUAUUGGUGCGAGCGUAGCUGGUCUAGCGUGUGCGUACAGCCUCCAAGAGGCUGGGCAUAAUGUCCUCGUUCUAGAGGCAAAAAGCGACCUGGGAAAGAGCCCAGGCGGGGUUCGCAUCCCGCCAAAUAUGUCUCGCAUUCUUCUGAAAUGGGGGUUGGGUCCUCGAAUCGCAGAGUUGACAAGCGGGAGGUGUCCGAAGAUCAAUUUCCAUUCUGGCCAUACUGGCGAAGCCAUUGGUGAACUCUUAUUCCACGAAGCAGUGAUGAAGGAGCUUCAAGCAGAGGUUUAUCUACUACAUCACUUAGAUCUUUUAAGGAUGCUUUACCAACUCGCAAAAGAUUCCGGAGCACAGUUCAGAUUCGGAUCUCGGGUCGCACAGCUUGACCCUGAAGCUCCGUCUGUUACGCUAUCAUGCGGAGAAAAGCUAUAUGCUGACCUCAUUGUCGGCGGAGAUGGAUACCAAAGCGUUGUUCACUCGGUCUUGGAACACAUCGACAACGAGGACGGUCGCGCCGAUUACUCUAGCUACUUAUUCACUGUGCCAGCGUCAUCAUUUAAAGAUGAUGCAGAGCUUCUACAGUUGGUAAAGGAACCUACAUGGAAUGUCUGGAUGGGCUCCGGAUGGUCCCUAUUAGGUCAUGCAGUUCGAAAUAACACGGAGUUCGUGGCAACAAUCUUCAGGGACGAGACUGGCACCAAAGAUCAGUUAGACUGGCAAUGCCGAACGCCUGUCGGAGAUCUUGAUCUUGAACGAUUUGGAUUUGCACCUAUAAUAAAACGACUCUUAAAAUUAGUAAAAGAUACUGUGCGAAUUAGGGACGAGAGGGCGACCAAUUUGGAAGGCUGGUACGACGACAAUGGACAUGUAGUCGUCGUUGGUGAGGCUGCACACGAAUUAAAUCCCGGAAGCACGCAUGGCGCUGCAAUGGCUGUAGAGGAUGCUGCAGUUCUAGGCCGGCUUCUGUCAAAGCUGAAGUCAAAGGACGAUAUUGUGAAGCUACUAACCGGCUUUCAAGAAAUUCGUCAGGCGCGGUGCGAAAUAGUACGCAACUCGGAGCAAGAGAAGGUCGAGUUCAUGACGAUACCGCCUGGCCCUCAACGCGAUUCGAGGGACGAGUCUAUGCAGCUCCAAAAGAAGCAAGGAGAGCUUGAUUGGACGACCUCUUCUGAGGCGCAUUUACGGAAGAUCUGGGAAGAAUUUCGAGAGUUAUUCGGGUACGACGCGUAUGACGAUGCGGAUACAUGGUGGGUGGAAUGGGGCAUGCUAUUCGAGCGGAUGAACGCUUCGGAUAAUCAUGUUAAUACCAAUGGCGACUUCUUCAGUGGCCAGGUUACUGUGGAGGAAGCACAUCAUUUCACGAUGGCAUAGACAAUAUACCAAUUUGCCCUUCGGUGUAGGGCUGCGUUGAUAUUCUGUGUAGGUUGUGCUAUGGGAGAACUUAAUCGACUUGCAGUGCUCUUUUUCUCUUAACUUCCUUGCAUUAUUUACUUAUGGUGACGGCUUCGUACAUUGACAGAACAGUGUCUUUGCUAUAAUCUACCUGUCCGUUUUGAUUUUAAUGUACAGAGACGCUGGUGGCGUUCCGUUAUUACGAUACGAGAGGAUUACACUGGUCAAUAAGUCGGACCUGCGACCUGCCGCUGCUAGCCGAAUUCGAACUCGGGCUCGCUAUCCUGAAAGGAAGACAAGGAAGGUAGAGGUCAACGCCUGCAUUUUCAUGGAAGAAACCGGGUAUGGUAAUCGGCUGUGGUGGAAAC